AUGGGGGCCCACCUGGUCCAGUGGUACCUGGGCGAAGCCUCGGUGGAGCCUGACCCCCUGCAGAUGCCCACCUUCCGGCCCGACUCCGGCUUCCCCGGGCCCAAGGUGCGCGACAAGGUGACCACGCAGCAGCAGAUGACCAACGCGCAGCUGAUGCUGCACCAGCGGGACUACUGCGCCCACCACCUCCUACGACUGCUCAAGUGUAAGCGCGACAGCUUCCCCAACAUCCUGGGCUGCAAGCACGAGCAGCACGCCUGCGACUACUGCGAGCACGACUAUGUGAGCCGCAUGAAGGAGUUUGAGCGGGAGCGGAGGCUGCUGAAGCAGAAGCAGCAACGGGAAAAGAGGGAGGCGGCCACAGCCAGAGGACAAGGGGAGGGGGAAGUGGCCACCGAAGUGGCCCUGUAG